AUGCAAUUCACAACUCUCACCGCCCUCCUCGCCACUGCUCUCGCCGUGAGCGCCACCCCCCUCCAGCAAGACGUCACCAAGCGCCAGGACGGCGGUGUCCCCCGCGUCUACGCCCGCUUCUACAACGACGGCGGCUGCGGUCCUUCUCCCUGGGCCGAAGACACCGUCUUCAUCCAAUCCGAGACGGUCGGGCUGGCCGGAUGCCAGGAUCUGACUGUUGGGCCGUUUGCUAGCACUUACUUUGAUACCAACAACUUUAGCAGGACUGUUCGAUUCUUUAACCUUCCUUGCUCCCAACUUACUUCUACGACGAGUGGAAACUUCGUUGAUAUCAAGCCUGGUCAGCAGCCUGGAUGCCAGAACUUGGCUAUUAGGUCUUGGAUUACUUUGUAA